GAAAGAUAUUGACUUGAUAUUGACAUUUGUGGCGUAGCUGUCAUUUCUAUCAGUAUUUAUUUUCAAAACCAUUUGCAAUUUAAGUUGAAAUAAUUUUAUUGCAAAAAUAUGCAUAUAAUUAUGAAUGCGAUGUUUCUUAUUUUCAUUGCGAAGUUAGUAAUGAAUGUAGAAUUAAAAGACACUGACGAAUAUAGUGAUCCCAAGCAAGAACAAGUUGUAGUUAGGGCAGUGUUUAUAAACUGUGAAACGAAUGAAGAUCAGAAUUUCCUUGAAAAUCAAGCCACUCGUUUCCAACGUGAAGAGUUGUAUAAACAUAGCGCUCUGCAAGGAUGUCUUAAAAAGCUAGCACUUACCGUUAAAGUGACUAGUGAGCCAGGUAAGAGCACAGGCGACGAAUACAUUCCUAUAGAGCAUGUCUUCGAUGGAUCUAACAAGAGACGAGCUCGUCUCCUGGACCCCUACAUCCUACGUUUAAGAAGAGAUCCUCCAGUGCAAGCGUACAAGCUGCGACGUAUUGAUACUGUCAGUGGAAUUUUAACGUUAACAAGCGAUCGAGGUACGGGUAAAUUAAAAAAGAGUCGUGUUCAGCGUAACUUGGAUGAAUUGGCGGAUCAGAAGGAAUGGAGACAGCACUUCGAGAACACUGAGCGGCAAAAUGUUAUGGCCGACUCUGAAGUGGAAGAAAGACAGGACUCUAAGCAAUGUUUAAUCCCUGAAAAUGCCGCCAAUUUAACUGGACAAAUGACAUCGCUGACGUCUAAAGCCAGUGCAAACUUAAAUACGUUAUUUAGUGUAAAACAUGCAAAUGAAUUCUCGAAGAACCAAAUUGGUCUGGCAAUUCAAGAUCACACUAGAGUUAAAAGAGAUAGUUGUACGCUAGCUAACAACCCUGCAUGGAAACGAGAUAAAAGGCAUGAACAUAACAUCAUCGUUGAAGAUAUCACCGAUGAUUAUAAAAUUCCUUGGGUCGAAAAAGAUCGAUUUUACCGAAGACUCGAACAGCCUGCGAGCGGUGCUGAUACACUAGACAAAAAAUCCUCAACGCAUAAUGUAGAAGACGACAAUUAUAUGAAAUCGGCACCAAACACUGAACCGCAUACGCAUCGGGCUUCACAUGUCCAAAACGAACUUCAUCAACUAUCAUCAAAGAGGGAAAAACCCGAAGAUAGAUCAAGUCGAAAUGAGAAUCAUAGAAAAUCUACUGCAAAAAUUAGAGAAAAUAGAGAUAAACCAUACAAUUUUCUAGAUCAUACCACGCACAAAAAUUUUGAUAAAAGAACUAAAAAUACUAAUAAAAUGUCAAGAGUUAAUGCCCCUGAAAAGAAUUUCGUAUUGUAUGAUAUCGGCAGCCCUGACCUUUGGAACAGUGUACACGUACAACUCUUUGAGAAGAUGAGUACACCUGAAGGAAAAACAGUGUGGAACGACAUUACUAAAGGUGAAGUGGCAAGCGUUAGUUCUGUACAACCCGAAUGGAUGGAUCAAGAUAUCAAUGUAAAAUAUAAGCCCUCAGAAUGGAUUUCAAAGGAUGAAUUCACUUUACCAACAUCUGCUGAAUUGUGCCUCUUGGUCCCUAUGCGUGAUGAAGGUUCUACAGACGUUGGUGAUGACAAUAUGAUAACUGAUCUGAAUACUGUUGGAAAAUACAUUGUCCUACACAAGAAUGACAUCAUCGAUGUAGAUGGAGCAAAAAAUAUGUUGAGCAAACGUGAUGGAAAUUAUUCAGAUUUCACAAGUAUGCCCGAAUCAAACGGUCGAAAUGAACAGGGUCAUCGUCGAGUUCUAGUUCGAGUUUCAAGAGCCUUACUCUCUGGGAAUGAGGAAGAUUUAAAAGUUUCUUCUCUUGGCUCGGAGCACUUCUUAACGUUACCACAUCGGCAUCCACAUCAUGCUCAAAUUGACCUGGAAGCACGCGCCGAUGAAAACCAACUUAUUCGUGUUGGAUCGUCUGGAAGCAUCAAUACAAUAGUAGCUGAUAACUCGCGACGAACUCGUUCUCUGAUAACAGUUCAAGCUACUAACAAGGGACUAGCUGCAGCUAGAUUCAGGGUUAAAGCUAGAGAUUGUGGACCAGAAAUGGCAAGUUUACUUAAUCAGAAAGAGAGUGAGCUUGUGGCUGGUCCCACUCUGUUGCCACCUCGACAUACGCAGCGUUUUCAUCUUGAAUUACCCACAGAACUUCCCGUUGACGUAGUGCAUUGUUCAGUGGCAUUAGUAAAUGAUGAUGAAGAAUCAGUCGCUGUGAGAGAUGUCGCUAUUAAGAAAGGGGAUCGGUGCUUUUGCGUCUGGCAUUGUGACUGUGUUUGUCUCAAUGAAGAUCCAAAGUUGGUAUGCCGAGAAAUGGCAGAUGCUCGACAAGUGGCCGCUGGACUUUCACCCCGCGAACGAAGCCGCCGGGCCCGGUCUGUCUGCUACCCCGAUGUCGUGUCCUUGAAUUUAUUCGUGGUAGCAGUGGGUGUGCUCAUGGCCUUAUUGUUACUUGGACUAGCAAAAGCCUGUUUAGGCUUGUUCUGCCGAUGCGUAGCUAAGUGGGGCUUGGACAAACUAAUUCAAAUGCCUCGCAAACUGGACCAUUAUUAUGAGCCUGGCCUGAGCGGCCGCUGCGUCGUCUACGAUGAUGAAGGUUGGCCAGUACAUCCUGAUACCAAGAGACGCAGCGUUCGUCUAGUACCUAAAUUAGUGGAGUUCAUAUUGAACAUAAUAUUUUUUAUCACGGUGCCGUGUAUAAUGCUGCGCGAUGCCGUAACGCAGUUGCUAUGUCGGUCCUCACCGCGUCAAUGUGGCGCCGCUCCAGAUGGGAGAGAUGACCAAAAAUGCUUCAGCACUCAUGACAUGCAGGGCCUGCAGCAGCGGUGGCGCCGGCGGCGCGGCGGGCUGCGGCGGUGGAUGACUCCGCAAGCCGAGGACCUCUCGACUGACAUUUGGAGCAAAGGACUUGCUACACGAAAAUCUGUUGAAUGUGAAUUUAUGCGACCUUUGCUACAUGAACGACAUCAUAGGACUGGCGAAAUUGUCUCUUCGUGCGUGGACUCGGAACAAGACGACACCGAAUACGUUCUCAGGCAAAUGCAGAAGAGCAAAGAGUCACUAGCAAGGAGCCAAAAGAAAUUGAAUGAAUCGGGACCGUCAUCCGCACGAAAGCCGCUGAAUACUGAAAAUAAGUUAUCGCGUACCAUCAUCCGUCAAAAUUAGAUAAAAUAUUUAUUUGCUAUUGGUUACAUUACAUUCUUUUAUUAGGUGCUAGCUUAACUGUUGCCCCAUAUUUUUAGUGGUAGUUACUUACAAAUGUUCUAUUAGAUUUUACGUUAUUUGUAUUCAAUAUUUUAAAAUAAAUUUGUUAUCUUA